AUGCAGCCUCCAGUCUCUCAAACUCAGCAGACGUCGCGGCCGUGGCUCGUCCUUGUCAUUUUUGGGUUGUUUGCUUCCACAAUAUUUGCCGUUUAUUACAAUUUCCCGGAGGUGUCGUCUGAAGAGAAAGUUCAUCUGAAGUAUCCACGGAAUCUGGAGGAUGCGAAGCUGCUCGGACGAGUACUUUCCAAGUACAAGGAGAAUAACUACUCGGUUGUCUUGUGCGGUGUUAUUGUCGUCUACAUCACACUGCAGUCAUUUGCUAUUCCCGGAUCGAUAUUCCUCACCAUCCUCUCGGGAUAUCUGUUCCCGUUCCACGUUGCCCUUCUUCUGGUCUGCUCGUGCUCGGCAACCGGAGCCGCCGUAUGCUACACGCUUUCCAAUCUAUUCGGCCGCUCUUUCGUUCUCUCCAGAUUUCCGGAGAGAAUAUCGAAAUGGCAAGAAGAUCUGAGCAAGCACAGAGAUGAUUUCCUCAACUACAUGAUCUUCUUGCGAGUCACUCCAAUUGUUCCCAACUGGCUCAUCAAUCUAGCCAGUCCGGUGCUCGACGUGCCUUUAUCUCCAUUCUUUUGGGGAACUUUUCUGGGAGUCGCCCCGCCCAGUUUCCUGUACAUUCAAGCCGGUUCUACUCUGGAACAGCUUACUCAUACCAGUGUAGCUUGGAGUUGGACGUCGAUCAUUUUACUCACCUUUUCGGCGGCUUUAUCUCUUGCCCCAAUCCUGCUCAAAAAGAAGCUCAAGUCAGAUUAACCGGUUUCCCUUCGAUCUCUCUUGUUUUUAAACCUUUUUACGUUUAAUCCGCUUUUCCCGUCUCGAAUUUACUUGUUUAAUCUUUUUUCAUAAAUAAACAAUUUUAGGUGAUGAGACAAUGAUGAGAGUGGCAAGACGCAGAUUUUGUAAUUACGUGGCAGUUCGACAUGCGAGCGCCGGAAUGGGCACUGGAUUUGGAGGACAACAAGACAGGCAAUUCGGGACGAGAAGUGCACUUUCCAGACGAGGAUUGUGAGUCGCUUCGCUCUUUGAUGAGUAAUAAGACACCAAAAACCACAAAGAUAGGCGCAGAAUGUUUUGUAAUAGUGUUUUCCUCUCGAUGCAUCUGGUCGAUGACGUUUAUCAAUAAAAGCAUUCGGCCUUUUCCGCUUUCAAGAAAUGAACAUUGGCGAACUCUUGCACGGAAAAAAGAAAAUAAGAAGAAGAGCCAGACAUCAAACACCAGAUGCUCUUGUGCAAACGAAUUCUAUUAGUUUCUGGUGUGAUCUCUUCGGAGUACAUUUUUCGGGCUCUGAGCAUCCAAUCCGUCUAAGCAGUUUAUACUUAUCGUAAUUCCAGACUCCAGAGACGAUCGACCGUCAUAAAUCUGCAAAGUGAGCGCGCAUUCGUCGGAGUCGCCGCCUCUGCUGCUCGCCAUCUCUUGAAACUCCGUUACUUUUUGGCUACUGGAGUUAUCGGUGGAAGCGUCGCUGCCAGAACGGUUUGUAUCGUGGUCCAACUAUAUUCCGAGUAUUAAUUCUAUUUCAGUGGUACGAAGAAUGGAAAUCGAAUCUGCCGGAUUUCACGCUUCCAGAGUGGUUCGACAAUGAAGCAUGGAACGAGUUUUCCGGAAAAAUAAAAGGAAUCAAAGACGGAUUCGGAUCUGAAGGACAGAAUAAAUGGGCACAAUGGAUAGCCAAGUUUGAGCAGUUCAAAAAGCAGAAAGAAGAAAAGGAAGAGCAUCGGGAAGAAGGCGGACCCGGAGGAGAUGUACCAGUCAAAGGUCCGUGAUCCCGUGAUGUUUGUUCAUCUUUUUAAUUAAAACAUUUCAGAGCCACUGGUGCUCGCCUCGCUCAUGUCUGCCUUUUCAUCGAAGAAAGAAGAGGAGAAGAAAGAGCAUGUCUCUGCCGAAGAAAGGAUUCAAAAGCUGCAGGAGGAGAUGCUCAAGACGCAAAGCCAGUACCAACGAGAGCUCGAGCGCCUCGAGAAGGAGAACAAAGUGCUGAAGCAGCGACUUCUUCUCUCCGAUGAUAAGGCCGCCAUUCGAUUGAAACGACUGAAAGUGAGUUGCAUUAUUUAUUUCCAACCAUUUCGUAAAUAUCAAUGCUCAGAGAUCUUUGAUCGACAUGUACAGCGAGGUACUAGAUUUACUCAACGAGUACGACUCUUCCUACAACACCUCAGACAAUCUUCCGCGUGUUGUAGUCGUAGGCGAUCAGAGCGCCGGAAAGACUUCGGUGCUUGAGAUGGUCGCUCAAGCGAGAAUCUUCCCUCGCGGAUCUGGUGAAAUGAUGACGAGAGCGCCGGUUAAAGUGAGUUAAUGCACUAUUCCUCGUGACUAGACUGUAGUUUUGUAGGUCACACUUUCGGAAGGUCCAUAUCACGUGGCACAAUUCAGAGAUUCUUCACGUGAAUUCGAUCUCACAAAGGAGUCCGACCUCCAGCAGUUACGGAAUGAGACGGAGGUGAGAAUGCGGAAUUCGGUGCGUGACGGAAAGACAGUCUCGAACGAGGUGAUCGCGCUCACAGUCAAAGGCCCUAGCCUUCCCCGGAUGGUUCUUGUCGAUCUGCCCGGAGUCAUUUCAACUGUCACUGCCGAUAUGGCCAAGGAAACUAAAGAUGAUAUCAUCCGGAUGAGCAAAGCGCAUAUGGAAAACCCGAACGCAAUCAUUUUGUGCAUUCAGGAUGGGUAUGUCCGUCUUUCCGUUUUACCGAAUUAAAACUAAGAUUUCAGAUCUGUGGAUGCGGAAAGAAGCAACGUAACUGACCUUGUGAGCAGCAUUGACCCAUCCGGAAAACGGACAAUUCUCGUGCUGACAAAGGUCGAUAUGGCUGAGAAAAAUUUGGCGAAUCCCGACAGAAUCAAAAAGAUUCUCGAAGGAAAACUCUUCCCAAUGAAAGCUCUGGGUUACUUCGGAGUGGUUACUGGCAGAGGAAACAGUUCUGAUUCCAUCGAAGAGAUUCGCAAGUACGAGGAGAGUUUCUUUGCUUCCAGUCAGUUGUUGAGGUGAGAGUGCAUUCUUAGCUUCUCAUUACCUUCGAACCUUGCAGAGACGGAGUACUCAAACCAUCUCAAAUGACAACCAGAAACAUGUCUCUGGCAGUUUCCGAUUGCUUCUGGAGGAUGGUUCGGGAUUCGAUCGAAAGUCAAACCGACGCAUUCCGAGCUGCGAAAUUCAAUUUGGAAGCUGAGUGGAAGAACCACUUCUUACGAAUCCGCCAGCUGAAUCGGGAUGAACUUUACGACAAAGCUCGUGGAGAAAUCCUAGAUGAAAUAGUCAAUCUUUCAUUAAUCGGCGUGGAAGAGUGGGAGAAGCUGCUGCAAGAAAAACUGUGGAACGGCAUAUCUUCUCAUGUUUUCGAUCAAAUUCUCAUGCCCGCCUAUGCUUCUCAGAAUUCCGGAUCGUUCAACACAACAGUCGAUAUCAAACUGAAGCACUUUGCUGAUAAACAACUCGCUCAGAGAAGCAUCGAAACCGGCUGGGAUACUCUAAAGGAAGUUUUUUUCCGACAAGUGAAUCAAGAUUCUCGAACACGGAAGGACCAUGAUCCCAUUUUCGAUACUUUGAAGGAAGCGGUGAUCGAGGAGGCAAUGCUGACGCACGGAUGGGACGAGAAGGCAAUGGAUUAUCUCCGGGUGAUUCAGUUGAAUGCAAUGGAAGAUCGGGCAGUACAAGACAAGCGCUCAUGGGAAUCGGCAUGCAACUUUUUAAACAAAGCAGCUUCAGAGAGACUGUCUGCUGUGAAAAAACAGUUGUCUGAUGACCGAGGACCGGGAUGGGCAUCCAAAUGGUUUAUGUGGAAGACGCCGACGGUGGAUAACCAUUAUUCAUGCGUCAUUCAGGACGAACUGUACACUAUUCUGGAAGCCGAUCCUGAUCACAAACAGGCAUUGACAGACGAUGACAUCACAGUGAUUCGGAGGAACAUCGAAACGAAAGGAGUCGGAGACAUACCGACGGAAUCAAUCAGGAAACAGUGGAAGCUGGUCUUUAAGAAACAUUUCCUUGAAAGGAUAAUCAAUAGCAGCAAGGACUGCCUCUCAAUGUAUCAAAUGUAUCGGCAAGGAAUGAUUGAAGGCCAAGACAUUGACUGCCAAACCAUUGUCCUCUUCUACCGGAUUCAGAAAAUGGUCAACCUGACAUGCAAUGCUCUCCGGCAGCAAAUCACGAAUACGGAACAUCGUCGACUGGAAAAGGAGAUCAAGGAAGUUUUGGAUGAUUGGUCACAAGAACCGGACGUCAAGAAGAAGUAUUUGACAGGCAGGAGGGUCGAUUUGGCUGAGGAAAUUCGUAAGUAUCUCGACAAGUCUUUAAUGAAACCAAUUAUAUCGUUGCAGAGCAAGUCCGACGAAUUCAAGAGAAGCUCGAGGAGUUCAUGGCUCAACUGCAGCGAGAGAAAGUCUGA